CCGAAAUCACUACUCCUAUAUUAGUAUUUGACCCGCCACGAAGUCAUCAUCUAAAAAAGAUUUGCCGGGCUCGGAGGAGAAGGCCACGCCGCCGCCGCCGCAGCAGGAGGACAUCGAUCGCCGCCGCCGUCAACGGAGGACAUCGAUCCCCGCCGUCCCCUCCCCUCGUCAGAGGAGCCCACGCCGACGGAGAAGCCAUCGAUGUUCAGGGUCAUGGAGGUGGUGCAGCACACGUCCUGGAGGGCCGACGACUUGGACGGCCGCGUUCCUCAGCCUGGACAACCUGGAUGGCUCCAUCCCUCGCUUCCCGCCCUCAUGUCAAGCAGUAGCACAGAGCCAGGAGAAAAAGCUGGAUGGCUCCCUUCCUCGCUGUCCACCCUCUUGCGGUCAAGCAGCAGCUCAGAGUCAGGAGAACCAGGACAUCUCCCUCCCUCGAUCUUGGACUUCCUGCGGUCAAGCAGCAGCAGCAGCUCAGAGUCAGAAGAUCCUGGACGCUCCUUCGAACUCCGCUGUCUCACCAACCUGGCUAAUGCUUACCUCCCUGUUCCGCCGCCACCUGCACCUGCUCGGAAAAUCACUCCUUACACAAAAGAUCCGUAUGUUCUUCACGCACGUCCAGGUGUUAUUCUUGAGAAGUCCAAGAGAUUUGCGAAGGGUGCCUUGGAGCACUACAAUAGAAGGAAGAAGAUCAAGUUUGAGCUCAUAGAUGUAAUGCCUGUGAUCAUGAUGGCUGAGUCACAACGUCUUUACACACACGUUAACUUCACAGCACGGUCCAGUAAGGAGGGUUCGCAGGAACAACUUUUCUUUGCUGAACUGUAUAACUGUGGCAAAAGGCGGGCUCCAAGUGGCUUCGUUGUCACUUGUUGUGAGCCACUAGGUUCUGAUUCGAGUGUUGGACACAAAGGGUUUCAGCUUGAUGGCACCUCGGCCGUGAGGAAGAAUGUUGACUUCACGCGCUGCUUUGCCUGCAGUCCGAGGAUACAUCAUCCCAAGGGUCUCAAAUAUGUUGCUGGGCACUGUAACAUUCCUUACAUUUACGACAGUGUGUGCUAAAGAGGGUUAGCUGCCAUUAUCCUUGUUUUGUCUUUGGAGCAACUUGAUCAACUGGGCGCGUACUAAUAUACUCACUGAGUGAAGAAGGACAUCUGGAAUAAUACUGUGUACUCACGUAGUGAAGAACAACUGUAUACUUGGAAGGUUACUAUUCCGUAUCAUCACUACAUGUUCCUCCUAUUACUUA